AUGAUUCCCCAAGAUGUCGAAAAAGCCCACGAUUGGCCUUUAGACAGCGCCAGCCAACUCCAGCUCGAUAAAAGCGCGUCGAAUAGUUCAUCCAACGCCACAGAUCUCGUGAAGCCAGAUCCCAUACCACAGUCAAGAUGGAGGCGCUGGAUGACAGGGUUGAUGGUGGAAACCCGUGGAGUCGGUCCCAUUCCCAUCGAAGAGCGAGAGCAGAUCACCAAGUCAACAACCCUUCACAUGAUACUUAUGUGGUUCAGCAUGACAUUGGCGACAAACAACAUCGUCGUCGGAUCAAUCGGUACACUGGUGCUAGGACUCAGCUUUCGGGAUGCAGCUCUUUGCGCUGUUUUCGGAUGUCUGGCGGGCAAUUGCACUGUUGGGUUUAUGAGUAUAUGGGGACCGAAAAGUGGGAAUCGAACUUUGAUCGUGGCACGGUACUUCAUGGGCUACUACCCAAGCAAAGUCUGCAUUGUGCUCAACCUCUUCACGAAUCUGGGAUAUAGCAUGGUGAACAGCGUGGUUGGCGGACAAAUUCUCUCCGCCGUCUCUGGCGGCCAUCUCUCUGUGAUAGUGGGCAUUGUCAUCGUUGCCGUGAUUAGCUGGGCAAUGGCUUCAUUUGGCAUGAAGAUCUUCCAGCUCUACGAGCGAGUCGCCUGGUUACCACAGCUCCUAGUAAUAUGCGUGAUGCUCGGCUCCGUCGGUCCCGAGUUCAAGUUCGACUACCAAACCCCAAUGACACCCGAACAUAAAAUCGCCAAACGCAUGACCUUCUUCUCGUUAGGCCUCUCCAUCGCCCUCGCCUGGUCCCCGCUCGCAGCCGACUACUACGUCUACUUACCGCCGCACAUCAAGAGCUCACGCACUUUCUUCAUAACCCUCUUCGGCGCCACACUGGGAAUGUCCAUUGUACUGCUUAUGGGCGUGGGCCUCGGUACCGUGAUUGCCAGCUCGGUGCAUUACGCCGCAAAGUAUGGCAGCAGCCCCGGAGGCGUGUUGAUGACGGCGUACGACAGGCUCGGCGGGUUCGGCAAGUUCUGCGCGGUCAUUAAUGUGCUGGCAUUGGUGGCAAAUAACACUCCUGGAGCUUAUUCCAUGGGCAUGAAUAUCCAGAUGAUAGGAGGGAGGUUUGGAAAGGUUCCGAAGCCGGUCUUUACAACUGUGGCUACCGUUAUUUAUGCUGCUUCUGCGAUGGGAGGUCGGAAUCAACUGUAUGAUGUGUUCAAGUCUUUCCUGCCGUUGAUCGGAUACUGGGUGAUGAUCUUUGUUGUGAUUGUGUUUGAGGAGGAUAUGAUUUUCCGCCGGAAUAGAGGGUACGACUGGUCUCAGUGGAACUGUCGCGAGAAACUGCCUAUGGGUAUUGCGGCGGCAGUGGCUUUCCUGAUUGGAUGGGCUGGUGCGAUUGUUGGCAUGUCUCAAGCCUAUUAUAUCGGGCCUAUUGCGCAGAUGGCUGGCGACGCUGAUUUGGGUCUGUGGUUGGCUGCGGGCUUCACAGCGGUGUUUUUCCCACCAUUACGGGCUUUGGAGCUCCUCUUCAUUGGUCGUUAG